UUCACUAGUUUCCGAAACAAAAGCUAGUAUACGUAUUUAUUUAUAAUCCCUACAUAUAAUACGAUAACUGUGCUCAUAUUAUAUGUGGAAACUACGUUAUUUGGUGUUUUAAUGCUAAUACCGAUGUCACUGGAAGGUGAGAAUUUUGAGAUUAAGGUGGAACCUGGUUGGGGGACUGGGGGGGAGCUCGAGGCUGCCCAGGCCAUGUACACGGACCAUGAAACAGAGAAACUGGACCCACAACCCGGCCAAUUAGAUGAGAUAAAGUUUGAGCCUGAUUGGACAAUCGAGGACAGCAAGAUUAACGAGAGUGUUGCGGCGGCCGGACUGUAUGUAGACCACAUUUUCAAGGAGGAGAUUGUGCUGGGCCCUGAGGUGAUAGAGCAGCCUAAACUAUCCUUACCUUACCCAGCACCAUCUGAAUUACCUACAGAAGAAAAAGUUGAUCUGUUUUCAGGAUACUGUGCAGCUUGUAGCCCCACAGUGCCGAUGUGGCCUAAAACCAAUAAAGAAAAGACAUUUUACAAGUGUCAUGCAUGUCGGAAAACAUUUGGCCUAGAAGAUAGUCUAACAAGGCAUAUUUUUGCAGUUCAUGCUAAAAACGAAAUUCCCAAAAUUAAUAAAGUGCACGUUUGCAAGUUUUGUUGCCAAAUGUUUCUAUCUAAAAAUGGUUUGGCGGAACAUUUGAUGGUUCACUUUAAAAGUUCCAGAAACCUAAAGGAAAAUGUUUUUAUUAACAAAAGACGUAAUAUAUUGAGGCGAGACAAAAUUAUUCCGCUUAAAACUUUGACCAGCAACACACCGUCAUACAAUAUCACGCCCCCUGGCAGUAAAUACGUUAAGUUUGAAUGUAAAUGUGAUAAGACAGCAUGCACAGAAGAUAAAGAUUGCUGUUCAUCAAAUAUAAAGCCAUACACGUGUCACGCAUGUCACGUAAGUUUCGUACUAGAAAAGUCCUUUGAUAAACAUAUGUUAGAUACUCAUGCGGCACCUAAAUUUCAAGAAGAACUUACUAUUGUACAAGCUCUACCUGGCUCACGCGGUAAGGCACCAUACAACUGUCAAAAAUGUCAUAAAACAUUUGACUCGGUAGAGAGUCUCACAAGGCAUAGGUUUGCUAUCCACGCAAAACGUGAAACCGGCACACACGAAAUUCAUCAAUUAAGUUUAACCACCAGUAAUAACCCAAUGCGUCCCUGCUAUUUUUGCUAUCAAUGGUUUGAAGAUAGAGAUGAUUUAAUGAAACAUAUGGAAUUUCACAUAGAAUUUGCCAGUGAGAUAAACUGAUUUACAAAAGAUUACAGAGAAAUCAGAAUUGAAUAAACAUAAGUUGGUACACACUAUGUACUACGUAUGAACAGUUCAGUUGAGAACAUAAUUCUAUAUAUAUCACCCUGUAUAUCGGAAUGAAUAUAAAAAAAUGCAUCCCUAUCUCCCUUAGUGAAUGGCUGGACCAAUUUCGCUGAUCCUUUUUUGUGUUGUGUUUGUUUUUGUCAGGAGCAGUUUCUUUUUUUUAAUAGCCUAGUUUAGUGUCUCACUGCUAGCCAAAUGCCCACUUUCCUCCACUCAACCCUAUCGUUGUACUUUCCCGCCAAUCCGGAUAAAAAGCUUAAGUGGGACUGUGGGCUCAGCACGGUUCCAUUUUUAUCGUCUAUCACUAUGCGCGUCCCUUUCGCACUUACAUACUUGUUAGAACGUGACAGGCAUGGUGACAAGGGAUAAAAACGCGACCGUGCUACGCCGCCUGGGCGGGAUAUGUCUGCCGCAUGUACCCUGAAUGGUGGGCCAAAAUGGAGAUGUUUCUUAUGAAAGAAAAAAUAGA